CCAAAAAGUGAUACCAAAAAAAAAAAUCCAAAAAUGAGUCUUCAGCAAUACUGUUGCUGGAAAUGUUCCCUGGGCCUUUGCACAGGCAACCAUGGUGAAGAAAGUGGCCAUCAUUGGAGCUGGCAUCAGUGGCUUGGCCUCCAUCAGGAGCUGCCUAGAAGAGGGGCUGGAGCCCACCUGCUUUGAGAAGGGCGAAGACGUCGGGGGCCUGUGGAAAUUCUCGGACCAUGCCGAGGAAGGCAGGGCCAGCAUUUAUCGGUCAGUCUUUACCAACUCUUCCAAAGAGAUGACAUGUUUUCCGGACUUCCCUUUUCCUGAUGACUUUCCCAACUUUAUGCAUAACAGUAAGCUCCAGGAAUACAUCACUGCGUUUGCCAAAGAAAAGAACCUCCUGAGAUACAUUCAACUUAAGACACUUGUAUCCAGUGUAAAUAAACGUCCUGAUUUCUCAGUCACUGGCCAAUGGGACGUUGUCACUGAAAAGGAUGGUAAAAAAGAAUCAGCUGUCUUUGAUGCUGUAAUGAUUUGUUCUGGACAUCAUGUGUACCCCAACCUACCAAAAGAGUCCUUUCAAGGUCUACAACUUUUUAAAGGCAAAUGCUUCCACAGCUGGGACUAUAAAGAACCAGGAAUAUUCAAGGGGAAGCGAGUCCUGGUGAUUGGCCUGGGGAAUUCGGGCUGUGAUAUUGCCUCAGAACUAAGCCACACAGCAGAACAGGUCAUCGUCAGCUCCAGAAGUGGCUCCUGGGUGAUGAGCCGGGUCUGGCAUGGUGGCUAUCCAUGGGACAUGAUGUUUAUCACUCGAUUUGAAACCUUCCUCAACAACAACUUACCAACAGUCAUCUCUGACUGGUGGUACGUCAAGCAAAUGAAUGCAAGAUUCAAGCAUGAGAACUAUGGCUUGAUGCCUUUAAACGGCACCCUGAGGAAAGAGCCCGUGUUCAAUGAUGAGCUCCCGGCUCGCAUUCUAUGUGGCACUGUGACCGUUAAGCCAAAUGUGAAGGAGUUUACAGAGACUUCGGCCAUUUUUGAGGAUGGGACAGUGUUUGAGGCCAUUGACUGUGUCAUCUUUGCAACAGGCUAUAGUUACGCCUACCCCUUCCUUGAUGACUCCAUCAUUAAGAGCAGAGACAACGAGGUCACCUUAUUUAAAGGCAUCUUCCCACCUUCACUGGAGAAGCCAACCAUGGCAGUGAUUGGCCUUGUCCAGUCCCUUGGAGCUGUCAUCCCCACAACUGACCUGCAGUCUCGCUGGGCAGUACGAGUAAUAAAGGGAACUUGCACUUUGCCUUCUGUCAAGGACAUGAUGAAUGACAUUGAUGAAAAAAUGGGGAAAAAGCUCAAAUGGUUUGGCAAAAGCAAUACCAUACAGACGGAUUAUAUCGUUUAUAUGGAUGAACUUGCCUCCUUCAUUGGGGCAAAGCCCAACAUCCCAUGGCUGUUUCUCACAGAUCCAAAGUUGGCCUUGGAGGUUUACUUUGGCCCUUGCAGCUCAUAUCAGUUUAGGCUGGUGGGCCCGGGGAAGUGGCCAGGAGCCAGAAAUGCCAUCCUGACCCAGUGGGACCGGACGUUGAAACCCACGACGACAAGAAUUGUUGGGAGUCCUCUGAAGCCUUGCUUAUUUUGCAGUUGGUUCAGGCCCGUUCUUAUUUCUGUUCUGUCAAUUGCUGCUUUCCUUGUGUUGUUCUAAUCAUCAUUCCAUCUAGGAUUCUGAAAGUUACUAACACUACCUGGGAAGAAACUUUGCUAUUUAAAAAUUAGGAAUUGCACACCUCCUACUUUCCUAUUUAGCAGGCGUUAGUCAGUAAGACAGUACUAUUUCUAGGCCUUUAAAUAAGCCCCUGUAAGAAUCAUGUCAUGAUCUAAAGAACAUUAAUCAAUUCUCUUCAGGUUCCACUAACAUUUCAUAAUUCCAUAACAUUUCCAUAACAUUUCAUAGUUAGAUAUAUCCUCUUUAUCUCUAACCUAAGUCAUCUCCUGAAACAUUUGACAUGAUUCCUUUUCUCCUUAAACAAUGUUUGAAAUAUGUAUUUCAAAUCUAAACAAAGAACAGAUUAAGCAGAGUAGCUGCAAUAUGAUAGUCCCAGCCUACUUCUACAAACUAUUUGCAGGGAGAAUUUGGCUAUUAUAUUCUAUUUCUGUCCUCCAGGAGAUUCCUCCUGUCCCCUGGCCAAGAAACAUAGCAUGGAGACCCCAUUUAUAAUGAAAGUUAGCAAGAAGUAACUCAUUUUAUUUAGAUUCUCAAUAAGGAACCAACUUCCCAACAUGUAGCAGCAAAAUAAUGACAACAAUAACAAUAAUAAUGAGUAGAGCACCAAAUAUACCUUUUAACUGAAUGGACAAUCUUUUAAAAAAUUAAUAUUUAGCCAAAGCUAUGACCCAAGCCUAAUAAAACCUGAUACAGAUCAUAUAAAAUUAUAUACCCUUAUAGAAUGGGGUGCCAGAAUAAAUCUAAAAUUUUAUUUUUUAAAGUAUUAUUACAUGUUACAGUUA